AUGUCUGUUAAAAAUAAAGUGUUGUUAAUGAAACAUCCAAGUUUCACUAAUUCUGAACUCUGUCAAAUUCUAUCAAAAAUAUUUCCUGAUUCUAACUUUUCCAUUAAGAAUGAUCACAUUAUUCUAGAGAAUAUCAAGUUAACCAAUAAAUAUUACGAAAUGCUAAUAGAUCUAUAUAUAUCUACAAUUGAUGAUUUUGGUCAAUGGAUAAAUGAUUUUACUAAUGACGAAUACAUAGAUGUAUAUAGCACUUUAGCUGGUGUGGUGCUUUUCAUAAAAUCAGACAAUUACGACAAUAAGAACGUUCAUAAUAAUAAUAAUAUUAAAGAAACAUUAAAAAAAUAUAUUUCUUUUGUUGAGAAAUUAGAUCAAUUCGAUGAAUCAAAAUUUUAUGGAAUUUACGAUACCAACCAUAACAGUGUUUUUACUGAAGGCAACGGCGAAUUGAUUUACAAAAUAGAAUCAUUAACAGAGCAUAACGAAUUAAAAAAUCUUUUUGAUAUCUACGAUUGGACCUCCGAGGAAAAAAAUAAACAAUAUUACACAUUAAAGGAUAAGAAGAAUGAUAUUUCUACUCUGAACGAUCCUAAGGAUAUAAAUUUGAUAAAUGUUAUAGAAAAGCUGGAUGUUAUUAAAUCUAGAUAUUCAUUAAUCAAAGAUUCUCAAGAAGCUGAAGCAUUUGCAAAAGAAAUGAGCGAAAAUAUCGCAAAUUUGCUUUUAGAUGAUAGCGGGAAUGAUAUUUCUCAGUAA